CAGUCCUUCCCCGGCACAGGGCGACGUCACCAGAUAACACCCCUCACCACCCACAACAAACUAGCUAAGUGGUAGUUCCGUAUAUGAAUGCCAGGGCAGAAAAAAAGGUGUUACUACUGCUCCGGUAUAAAGUCCACCUGCGUACGGUUUUUGUAGGGCGUUAGGUGGGCGGAUCGGGUGUUCGCCGGGUGUACGCAAGUCCCUUUACAGAAUUUCAUUCGUGCCACGGGGCACUGCCACAGGCAGAAGGUGUCCGCUGGGCGAAGUGCCAGGGUACGCACUGCGCCCUCUCACGUUGCUCUGUUUGUGUAGUGGCUGUCUUGGUGUCACGGAGCCGGUAGUAGGAUGUCAGAGUCGGUGGUGGGAACGAAGCAGGCCAAAGAGACGGAGAAUGCGGAGAAGUACGGCAUGGCUGUGAGCAAAUCUGCUUCCAAAAAGGUAAAGCAGAUCCAGUUUGCAGAUGAAAUGCAGGAAUUCAGCAAGUUUCCAACCAAGAGUGGUCGUCGAUCACUAUCCCGUUCUAUUUCCCAGUCUUCCACAGAUAGCUACAGUUCAGCUGCAUCUUAUACAGACAGCUCUGAUGAUGAACAGUCUCCUAGACAAAAACAACAAGUUAAUUCCAGGGGUGGUUCUGACUUUUGUGUGAAAAACAUCCAGCAAGCAGAAUUUGGGCGCAGAGAAAUUGAAAUUGCUGAACAAGAUAUGACUGCCCUUGUAUCACUCAGGAAAAGAGCUCAGGGUGAGAAGCCUUUGGCUGGUGCUAAGAUUGCAGGUUGCACUCACAUUACAGCACAGAUUGGGGUGCUGAUUGAGACCCUGUGUGCUUUGGGAGCCCAGUGCCGAUGGUGUGCUUGUAAUAUUUACUCCACUCAGAACGGAGUAGCAGCUGCACUUGCAGAGGCUGGUAUUGCAGUAUUUUCCUGGAAGGGUGAAACAGAAGAAGAUUUUUGGUGGUGCAUUGACUCCUGUGUUAGUGCAGAGGGCUGGCAGCCUAACAUGAUUCUGGAUGAUGGUGGAGAUCUGACUCAUUGGAUUUACAAGAAGUAUCCAGAGAUAUUCAAGAAGAUGAAAGGAAUUGUGGAGGAAAGUGUCACUGGGGUACACAGGCUGUACCAGUUGUCCAAAGCUGGAAAGCUGUGUGUCCCUGCUAUGAAUGUGAAUGACUCGGUAACUAAACAGAAGUUUGACAAUCUGUACUGCUGCAGGGAGUCGAUCCUAGACGGGCUGAAGAGGACAACAGAUGUGAUGUUUGGUGGAAAACAAGUGGUGGUUUGCGGUUAUGGAGAGGUGGGGAAGGGAUGCUGUGCUGCACUGAAAGCUCUGGGAGCAGUUGUAUACAUCACAGAGAUCGAUCCGAUCUGUGCACUCCAAGCCUGCAUGGAUGGUUUUCGGGUUAUCAAGCUAAAUGAAGUCAUCCGUCAGGUGGAUAUUGCCGUCACAUGCACAGGAAACAAAAAUGUAAUAACCCGGGAUCACCUGGAUCGAAUGAAGAAUGGAUGCAUUGUUUGUAACAUGGGCCAUUCAAACACUGAAAUUGAUGUGACCAGUCUGAGGACUGCUGACUUGACAUGGGAGCGGGUAAGAAAUCAAGUGGACCACAUAAUAUGGCCUGAUGGGAAGAGAAUACUCUUACUGGCUGAGGGCCGACUACUUAACCUGAGCUGCUCCACAGUUCCAACCUUUGUGCUGUCAAUCACUGCUACCACCCAGGCUCUUGCACUUAUAGAACUAUACAAUGCACCAGAGGGCCGCUACAGUCGAGAUGUUUACUUGCUGCCAAAGAAGAUGGAUGAGUAUGUUGCCAGCCUACAUUUGCCUUCUUUUGAUGCCCAUCUUACUGAGCUGACAGAUGAUCAAGCAAAAUAUCUUGGAAUCAGUAAGACUGGACCAUUCAAACCAAAUUAUUACAGGUACUAGCUGAGAUAGAUGAGAAUGACUGAAUGAAAGGACCUGUGUUCUGAAAAAAAAAAAAAAAACUAGCACAAAGCAUUUCUCCAUUCAAGAAGGCAUUUUAUUCAGUCUCUUACUACUGUAUCGUUUUACACAUGUGCAUCUUUUUUGGCUUUACUUUCUCUGGAAGAUAAGCCUUCCAAUGUUUUGGAUAUUUAGUGUUGUAUACAACUAUGAAAGGGAGAUUACGGAUCUGUCCAUUAGGGCUGACACAUACUGUUAACUUUGCUACAUAAGGCAGAAAGCCAGAGCCAUGCAAAGCCUUAAAUGAACGCUGUACACUGUGAUAGGGAGAUCAUGACUGCAUAGACCAUUCUGUUAAAAUCCUAUUGCUGUGCUGUUUCUAGAUUUUCUUAGCUUGCUUUUCAGUUUAAAUAACUAUUUUUCCAGCUGGAACAAAUGAAUCAUAAAAAAAUAAACUGUCCCCCUAUCAGUCGUCAUAGAUGCUGUUAAUUAAGAGUCUGAGCUCAGACACAUAAGCUAUAAAUGCUGCCUUGAUUUUUGCACAACAUGAUUGGGGGGCAACAUGGAAUAUGGCAUCUUUUCUGAAUACUCUAAGUGAUCUGACUUAGAUUCUAGACAUUCUACUUUGAAAGCAUUUUUCUUCUUUACUUGAAAGUUGAUGACUGGAAAAGAGUCAGUCUAAUACAAAGCUGUUUGCCAGGCAUGGCUUGAGAAGAGAUAUUAUGAGGCUCCAUAAAAACCACUUUCAAGCAGCAAAAAACAGCAACUGGAGAGACAAGACCAGUAUGGAUUUGCAAAAAGAACUGCAUCGUGUGCUGUUUGCUUCAGUCUACCUAAAACAAUGUAACUGUGUACCAUGUCAUACUAAUGCCAUUGUGGAAUUUUGUACGUCCUCAUUUUGACCGUAUGCAGUUACUGGUUGUGAGCAACUGUAUCAAAUAUAUUUCCGUCUUAGGCACAGCACAACCAGCAUUGUUCUGCUAAGCACUUUUUUCCCCUCCCCAAUUUGCAGUCUGCUGCUUCAAGGAUAGUUUGCAUUACUAGUUUUGUUUUGUGUACCCCGUCUCUGUAGCAGAUUCCAUCGCUACAAGCGUGUAUAUGUGUGUAUAUACAUAUGUUCUAUACAUGAAGUCUGCUAUGAUGCUCUCUGUUGUAGAUCAUAAUCUCAGAAAUUUGUGUGUUCCUUAGUUUUUGGUAUGGUGCUGAAGGAGAAAUCAUCUGGAUAAUGUGGAAAACUGACAGAAGGAUACAGUAUUCACACAGCUAGUUAAGAUGAAAGACAAGCACCUAACAAAAAAAUUUCAAAAGACACAAAGCUAGUAAUGAAACAGCACAGCGGUAUUGCAGUGUACCACUUAAUCUGCUAGAAUACAGCUGAACAGAGCCAUAAAUGUACAAGGUAAAUGUGGUGCUUAAUUUAAUGAAGCCUAAACUUUCAUUAGUUCAUCACUACUUGUUUCUUUUCCCGAGGCGCUCACUUUUUACAUGGUUUUGGUAUUGUGGUUGUAAAUGCCACAUGUGGAAAUGUAGAGCAUAGCAACUUCAAAUACUUCCUUUUCCAUGCCUCAAAAAAAACAUUCUAAAAUAUACUGGAAGUUUCCAUGUCACUUUACAUCCUGGUCAUUCACAUCCAAAACUAAGUCAUAUGUAAUGACCGACAACACUGUUUUAAAGUAACUCAUAUCAGCACUUAUGUACACUUAAGAUGUGCCCACUUCAUAGGUCUCUGAAUUCAGUACUGUUUGGAUUAGUAUUCAUGUUUUGUAUAUAUGCACUGUCACACAGAGAUUUAUGCAGUUUUACGUAAUAAGCCAGUGUUUCUUUCUGUAGUAUCAUGUUCUCUGUGCCCUGCCUCUUCUUUACAUUUGAAAUACGUGUAAUAAUUAUUUUGUUUAAAGCGUGUGUGUGUGUGUGUGUGUGUGUGUGUGUGUGUGUGUGUGUGUGUGUG